AUGGCAUGGGGCGAUACGACUGGGGGCCAUACGACAGGAGGCGAUACGACAGGGGGCCAUACGACAGGAGGCGAUACGACAGGGGGCCAUACGACAGGAGGCGAUACGACAGGGGGCGAUACGACAGGAGGCGAUACAACAGGGGGCGAUACGACAGGGGGCCAUACGACAGGAGACGAUACGACAGGGGGCGAUACGACAGGAGGCGAUACGACAGGAGGCGAUACGACAGGAGGCGAUACAACAGGUGGCCAUACGACAGGAGGCGAUACGACAGGGGGCCAUACGACAGGAAGCGAUACGACAGGGGGCCAUACGACAGGAGGCGAUACGACAGGGGGCGAUACGACAGGAGGCGAUACAACAGGGGGCGAUACGACAGGGGGCCAUACGACAGGAGACGAUACGACAGGGGGCGAUACGACAGGAGGCGAUACGACAGGAGGCGAUACGACAGGAGGCGAUACAACAGGGGGCCAUACGACAGGAGGCCAUGCGGCAGGAGGCGAUACGACAGGGGGCCAUACGACAGGAGGCGAUACAACAGGGGGCCAUACGACAGGAGGCCAUGCGGCAGGAGGCGAUGCGGCAGGCAUGGGGCGAUGCGGCAGGCAUGGGGCGAUCGAAUGA